AUGGGCUCAUACAUGGGGCAGCAAGAACAUGGGAUAUCUGAUGGCUUGUACACUUACAAGCAUCACCGCGAGGGAGGAGCUGAUAUCCAUGUCAUCUUUGUCAAGAAGAGCAAAUUCAGGGUUCUGCUGUCGUACAUGGGCACAAUGUUCCUUCUUGCGACUGUUUGCUGCGCCCUGUUGUCAAAGGAUAGUUUAUGUCUUGGUUCCCUUUGGAGUAUUUCAUUUGCCAGUAUAAUUGCAAAAUGCUUGCGAUGCGACCCUGUGAAGAAAGAGUCAUUGGUGAUCAUGCCGACUUUUGGGGUUCAAUUAGAGCAACACUUUUGGAGUGGAAGAGUUCAUCGCAAAUUUGUGCCCAUUGGCAAGAUUCUAAAACCAGUGCUGAAUGAGCAUGUGACCCCUGUCUCAUGCUACUGUAACUUGGCCUUGCUUCUGCGUGAAGAAUAUGAUCUCAUGCUUGUUUUCAAGAACUUGAAUCCACCAGUCAAGAUGUUGGUUCCAAUCUGGAAAGCAUUAUGUGCAUUCGUAGACUCCAAAACUCUGAGCGAUUCUGCAUUGCCUCAAUCCACAUAA